UUCAGAAUAUGCGGAACAAGAAAGGUGGCUAGAGUAGCUAAGUGUAUGUUGCUAACAAGCUAACAGCCUACUUGCUCGCUAGUGUGCAAGGAAAUAAAAUACAUCUGCAAAUGGUAACUCUUGGGAAAAGCUAUUUGCUGAUUGUAUCAGAUAGCCCUGUCUGACACGAAAUACCAGACUUACGACAGCGGACUCAUUAGCUGGCUUGUUAAAGGCAUCACGAAACCGCAUGCAAGGUAGCCUAGGCAGACCAGCUAGCUGCUGUUUGACAGAAGCUAAAACAAGUUUGGACAAGUUACAGUAGCUUUGCAGCCUACCUACACGCCGAUCGCCUGCACUGAGAUGUCAGCACUGGAGAAAUAACGAUGUUGGAUGCCUAGACUUUGCAUUUUCAGAGUACUACGAUCUGUGCACAGUGCACCUCUGGGAAAGCGGUGCAGGAUCGAACCUUACUGGGAAGUCGCCAGCUCUUUUCACGUCUACCCGUGCUCCCAGUUUGUGACUCUUCGCGCUGUAGGGUUACUGCCCAAGCCCGGCCGCUUUUAUCAGUUCACACAAGCAUCGCGAUCAGUCAGCCUUUCCCCCCGAUCAACUUUACGCGUAUCCUUGCCCCAGCGCGGCAGCGACGGAACGACAAUGGCAGAGCAGAGGUACUGCGUUGAGUACGCCAAGCGCGGCACGGCCGGCUGCAAGAAGUGCAAGGACAAGAUCAUGAAGGGCUUGGUGCGCAUUGGCAAGAUCGUGCCCAAUCCCUUUAGCGAAUCCGCGGGGGAGAUGAAGGAGUGGUACCACGUGAAGUGCAUCUUCGAGAAGCUGGAGCGCGCUCGGGCGACCACAAAGAAGAUCGACGACAUCACUGACCUGGAGGGCUGGGAGGAGCUGCAGGAUGAGGACAAAGAUCUCAUCAACAAACACGUGGGAGAGCUGGCUGCAAAGACAAAUGCAAGCCCAAAGAAGAAAGUUCAAGCGAAGUUGAACAGCAGUGGCGGGAUAACGGCACCACUUCCUGAUCCGUCCACCAAUGCUCCUCGAAAGUUCUCUGGCUUUACAGCUACCAAAGCAGGAACCACAACCACCAGCCCAGGCCCCUCUCCUGCCAAAGCGAGUCAGGGGAGCACACUAUCAGCGCAGAUGUGUGACCCCAGUCAUAAGGACUGCCUAUUAAGAGAGUUUCGCAAAGUGUGUGCCAUGGUGGCAGAGAAGCCCAGCUACAAUGUCAAGACUCAGAUCAUCCAGGACUUCCUGAGGAAGGGCUCUGGAGGGGAUAAGUUCAGGGGAGACCUAUACUUGACUGUGAAGCUGCUUCUCCCAGGAGUGGUCAAGAGUGUGUACAACCUGAAUGAUAAGCAGAUUGUCAAGCUGUUCAGCCGUAUCUUCAACUGCAACCAGGACGAGAUGGUGCGGGACCUGGAGCAGGGGGAUGUGUCGGAGACAGUGAGGAUCUUCUUUGAAGGGAGCAAGUCCUUCCCUCCGGCAGCCAAGAGUCUUCUGACACUCCAGGAGGUGGAUGCCUCACUGACCCGUCUGGCCCAACUCACUAAGGAGGAUGACCAGCAGAAGGAGCUGGAGGCCAUAUCUAAAAGAUGCACUGGGAAUGACCUGAAAUGCAUUAUAAGGCUCAUCAAGCACGACCUUAAAAUGAAUGCUGGAGCUAAGCAUGUCUUGGAUGCUGUGGACCCGAAUGCCUAUGAUGCAUUCAAAGCCUCUCGUAAUCUGGGAGACGUGAUUGACAGGGUGCUGCGGAAUCAGCAGGAGGCGUCCAAUGGCUCAGGGCCCAGAAAGAUCCUGAGUGUGGAGGCCACGCUCAUGACCCCUGUCCAGCCUAUGCUGGCAGAAGCAUGUAAAUCCAUCGAGUACGCCAUGAAGAAGUGUCCUAACGGGAUGUACUCAGAGAUCAAGUACGACGGCGAGCGCGUGCAGGUCCACAAGAACGGAGAUCACUUCAGCUACUUCAGCCGCAGCCUGAAACCUGUGCUACCUCAUAAGGUGGCCCAUUUCAAAGAGUUCAUCCCGCAGGCUUUCGCAGGGGGUCACAGCAUGAUUCUAGAUGCAGAAGUGCUUCUCAUUGACACCAACACCAGCAAGCCCCUCCCCUUUGGAACCCUGGGAGUGCACAAGAAAGCGGCCUUCCAAGACGCCAAGGUGUGCCUGUUUGUGUUCGACUGCAUUUAUUUCAAUGGUGUGAGCCUGAUGGACAAACCCUUGUAUGAGCGAAGGAAGUUCCUCCAUGAUAACAUGGUCGAAGUUCCCAACAGGAUACUGUUCUCUGAGAUGAAGCACGUCACUAAAGCUGCAGACCUGGCAGAGAUGAUCACCCGCGUCAUCAGGGAGGGGCUGGAGGGACUGGUACUGAAGGACAUCAAGGGCACCUACGAGCCAGGGAAGCGCCACUGGCUGAAGGUUAAGAAGGACUAUCUGAACGAAGGGGCCAUGGCAGACACUGCAGAUCUCGUGGUUUUAGGGGCUUUUUACGGCAAAGGUUCAAAUGGGGGAAUAAUGUCCAGCUUUUUGAUGGGCUGCUAUGACCCUGAUUCCAAGAAGUGGUGCACAGUGACUAAGUGUUCCGGGGGGUAUGACGACGCCACUCUGGCCCGGCUUCAGGAUGAGCUGGAUGUGAUCAAGAUCAGCAAGGAUCCAAGCAAAAUCCCAAGCUGGCUGAAAAUCAUCAAAAACUAUUAUCCAGAUUUCAUAAUCCGGGAUCCUGAAAAAGCCCCUGUAUGGGAGAUCACAGGGGCGGAGUUCUCCAAGUCUGAGAUGCACACGGCUGAUGGCAUCUCCAUCCGCUUCCCACGCUGCACGCGUAUCCGUGACGACAAAGACUGGAAGAGUGCCACAAACCUCCACCAGCUCAAAGAGCUGUACCGCAUUUCAAAGGAAAGGUGCGAUUUUGAGGUGACGGUAGGAUCUUCGAAGAGCAGCACCGAUAAGGGCUCCUCUGGGGGGGACAGCGGGAGUAACUCCCCUUCCACCUCCCAUGGAUCAGCAACGCCCAGCAAGGCCGGAAGCAGUAGCACUCCCAAAGCCAAGCCAGUGAAAACGGAGCCCCCCUCUCCGGCCCCUGCAGCCAAGAGGAAGCCUCCCGCAGAGGAACACAGUGCAAAGAAGCUGAAAAAGACAGAAACUGUACACAGCAAUGGGCAAAGCAAAGGGAAGGCAGCCCCCUCCCAAUCAACAGAAGUCGCAAAGGAAAAGACCUUGCUUGACAUCUUCAGCGGGGUGAAGCUGUUCAUGCCAGAUUCGGUGCAGGACUAUGAGAAACUGCGCCGCUACUUUGUAGCCUACGACGGAGACCUGGUGCCGGAGUACGACGCUGCCUCCGCCACGCACACGCUGGCAGAGCCUGAGGAAGACAGCCAGGCCCGGAAAGUCACCACCAACUGGAUCUGGGAGUGCAUCCGGAAACGAAGAGUCGUCCCUCCCUGCUGACCGCGUUUCCGCCGUGCAGAGGACCGUACGAGAGGAAGGCACCAAAGUGUGCAACUCAAACACAGCUGGCUGGUUUCACACUAAAACUGAUGAUAAAAACCUACACUGGUUUACAAAGUGAGAUAGUCCAACAUUGUACGCAGUAGGCCAUCUACAUCAUUCAGGGGAAGUAGUAUUAGGUAGUGUUAUGUGUGGGACAGGUCAUAAGCUAGAAAUAUAUGUAUUUUUCAAGAUACAAAGGCAUGUUUUGUUUACCAGAUAACACAUGCAAGUCUUCAGUCAUGUAUCUGGUAUAAUGAACAGUUUUGUUUGGCUCAGUGGAGAAUAUCACAAAGGUGUUAGUCAUGUUAAUAUUUAGUCAUUUUUAAAAAUAUUUUUGUUUUAUUCUGUUGUCUAAGAGAAGUGCAGAUCCAAAAGAUAACUAGGUCUAAUGAGGACCGUCUCUACAAUAAAUCGCACUCCAUCCAAGUUUGCAUAUGAAGCAGGCAGGCCAUUGAAGUGCUUUCUGCAGUGGUGUUGAUUUUCAGAGCAAUAUAAUACUCAGCCUUGUGUGUGCGUGACUGCUGAAAGCUUUUGGUCUUCCCCACUAAAAAAAAAAAAGUGGAUAGAUGGUGGUCUAAUUUAUGUAAACUGGAUUUGGCUGUAUGCAAUUCACAUAUUUCCCGGGCUAAGUGAUCAAUGGAAAGAUCCCUAGUUGGACACUACAUUUCAAAUCCUGGGGAACUGAAGGAAAGAAUGUACACUGGCAGUAUCUAAAUGGACUUCAGGCUUUUCUUACACAUGAAUGGUGCAUCUGGCUUUAAAAAUCUUUUAUAAAACAUUUGUGAUUUUUAACAGACUUCCACAAACUGCUUCAGGGUGUACUUUGACAUCCAAAGGAGGUGCUAUCUGACCGAAAUUUGGACAUGCACAAACAUGAGCAUGGCAAGACCAGGUUCUGCUUUUUAAUACUAUUUGUUCUGGCACAGAAAUAAUGCCCAUGGGUAUACAGUCUCUUGUACAAUGCAAUUUCGUUGGAACACAAAAGGAAACACAACAUAGGCAUCCGUGUGUGUUUGACACUGGCAUCGACCGCUAAUGCAGUAAUUUAACACUUUUAGUUUAAUUUGUUUUCAGUUUUAUAUUCAGUGUUCAAUCUUUCAUUUGGUUUCAAGUUUAUGUUGAGCAUCAGAACUGCUGGAAUGAUAUAGGUGUUGGGAGAGUGUGACUAUUUUCUGUAACUCGCACUGAAGUGGUAUGUACCACUAGCUGGCAGGACUUUUAAGAGUGCCAAGGUGUGAUCAACAGUGAAGUGAGUUUUUAACUUUACAAGGGGAACUGUUCCACUGCUGUUUUGUAUGCCAAAUACAAUGCCUUCCAGUCCAUGUUUCUGCCAAGUGUGUGGCAUCAAUGUGCAGAAAUGUACAAAUAACCAAUGACUGAAAAAUUCUUCAGUUUCUUCAAAGGCACAGCGGGGAAGUGAACAGUACUAUUCUUUGUGAUGAAAUGGACUUGAGCUUUAUAUAAAGCUGUCACUUUUCAUAAGAUUUUAACAAAUGCCAGAUCCAGAAAUGUCCUUCCAACUUCCCCUCGAUCAAAAUAAAGAUUACAUGACCCAAAA